AUCCCAGGUGGAUAAUUUAAACUGUCUCCCCUAAUUCUGCUUGUUCGUUUUAAGAUAGGGAGGAGCGGAGAAGAGAGCAUACAGAGACUCAUUUCUGACUGUCUCCUGAAUACUGUGAGCAGCUAAGUAGCAGUUCUUUCUGACACCAUUAAGAAGAAAAAUGUCCGUGACAUUGCAUACAGAUGUUGGUGAUAUUAAAAUAGAAGUCUUCUGUGAGAGGACACCCAAAACCUGCGAGAAUUUCUUGGCUCUUUGUGCCAGUAAUUACUACAGUGGCUGUAUAUUCCAUAGAAAUAUCAAGGGUUUUAUGGUUCAAACAGGAGAUCCAACGGGUACUGGAAGAGGAGGUAACAGUAUUUGGGGCAGGAAGUUUGAGGAUGAAUAUAGUGAAUAUCUCAAGCACAAUGUUAGAGGUGUUGUAUCUAUGGCUAAUAAUGGCCCAAAUACCAAUGGUUCUCAGUUCUUCAUCACUUAUGGAAAGCAACCACAUCUGGACAUGAAAUACACAGUAUUUGGAAAAGUAAUAGAUGGUCUGGAGACUCUAGAUGAAUUGGAGAAGUUGCCAGUAAAUGAGAAGACAUACCGGCCUCUUAAUGAUGUACACAUUAAGGACAUAACUAUUCAUGCCAAUCCGUUUGCUCAGUAGCUUUAAUAGACCUGGGCAAAUACUUGGCAGACUAUUCAGGGGACACAGCUAUGUUAUUUACCCAGCUGUAAUUAUGUCAGAGAUUGCCGCAUCUUCCUGCUUGUUUACCAUUAACAAGGAGUCCAUGGUACCAAGAGAAGACAGUCAUAUUUUACUCCUAUUCUUGGAGUGUAUUCUUUUCCUACCAUUAUUAUUUCAUGUAUUUCUAUAUGUUUAAUUUUUUGGGGAGGGGAUCAUACCCAGCAGUGCUCAGGAGCUAUUCCUGGUUCUGUGCUCAGGAGUGAACACUGGUAGUGCCCUGUGAUCCAGGCCUCCUGUGUGCUUU